AUGAACCCCCCACAGCCAGAGCCCUGCGUCGUGUGCGGCGAGCCGACCUCGACGCGCUGCUCGAGUUGCUCUCGCGCCGGUAUCGACCUGUUCUACUGCAGCGUCGCCCACCAGCAGCUCGUGUGGAAGGCCCACCGCGCCCACUGCGGCCCGAGUUCCGCUCACCCCUUCCUCGCCUCGCCCAUCGACCGCGACGAGCUCCCGUUCAUCCUGUCCGCCACUCGCCGCGAGAUCCCGGUCGCGACGUUCGCGCAAAAGUGGUUCGUGCUGCCCGCCUCGCUCUCGUCCGAGUGCGCGAGAAAGGGCCGGGUCAGCCUCGAGCGCGCUUUCGCGACCAGGAGCGGCAUUCCCGCCAAGCAGUUCCGCAAGAUGGCUGUCGACGGCCUCACGACGAGCCAGCGCGGCGCCAACUUUGCCGACGACGACGUCCAAGCCUGGCUCCGCGAGCUGCGUCACUACACGUGGACCUUCUUCGACCUCGCACCGUCGCCUGCGUCCUCGCCCUCGCCCAUGCCGCCGCCGGCCGAGCCCGCCCGUGUCCACACCCUUCCCCUCACGACCCUCGCCGCCACUCUCGAGAUGGCGAUCCGCCCGAUGCUCGACCCAGGCCAGCCCCUGCCGCCCCUCGUCGACAGCAGCUUCAAGCACCGAGCGCUAGUCGUCGCCGCCGUCCUGCAGGCCGACCCUCCCGUCCCGCACCUCGUCCCCAAGGCGCUCAAGACGCUCCUCGUCUUUCUCACGCCGUACUACGCCGUCUCGUCGCUGAUGGACACGACGGUGCACCUCGGCGAGCUCGCCGGUAUCGUCGCGCCCGUGCAACCCGUCUCGCUCGGCGUCGUGAGCGGGCUCGGCGGGCGCGUCGUCGGGUUCUUCUGCCGCGCGACGGGCUGA